AUGACUGUUGCUCCUGAAAUCGCCAUGGAGGCUCCUCACCCUUACUUCCCCCUGGGCGUCCCCCUCCCAGCGUACAUCGCCAAUGAGUUCAAUGGGCCUCAACUCGUGGGCGUAUUUGCUGCGGGCGCGUCCGUCAUCCUGGGCGCCGCCUUUCUCAUCAUCAACCGCGUCCGUCCCACGCUGAGAAAGACCGAGAUAUUCACUGCCCUGUGGUUCGUCCUCUGCGGCUUCAUCCACUUCUUCUUCGAGGGCUACUUUGCCUACAACUACCACCAGAUGCCGUCGCGCAUGGACAUUUUCGGCCAGCUGUGGAAGGAGUACGCGCUCUCCGACUCUCGCUACCUCACGCAGGACUCCUUUGUCGUCACCAUGGAGGCCGUCACGGCCCUCUUCUGGGGACCCCUGUCCUUCCUCUGCGCAGGCUUCAUCGUCACGUCGCACCCCAUGCGCUACCCCCUGCAGCUGAUCAUCUCGCUCGGUCAGUUCUACGGCGAUGUGCUGUACUACGCCACCUGCACCUUUACUGCCAUGGUCGAUAAGAUCCAUUUCUGCCGCCCUGAGGACUUUUACUACUGGGCUUACUACGUGCUCUGCAACGCGUUCUGGAUCGUCAUUCCCGGCAUGCUGAUGAUUUCGAGUGUGAAGCACACGGGGAGGGCGUUUGCGCAGGUGCAGAAGGCUGAGAAGGCGAAGAAGGGCAAAUGA